AUGUCUAAAGCUGUUGGUAUUGAUUUAGGUACAACCUAUUCUUGUGUUGCUCAUUUUGCCAAUGAUAGAGUUGAAAUUAUUGCUAAUGAUCAAGGUAAUAGAACUACCCCUUCAUUUGUUGCCUUCACUGAUACUGAAAGAUUGAUUGGUGAUGCUGCCAAGAAUCAAGCUGCUAUGAACCCAGCAAACACUGUUUUCGAUGCUAAACGUUUAAUUGGGAGAAAAUUUGAUGAUCCAGAAGUUAUAAAUGAUGCUAAACAUUUCCCAUUUAAAGUCAUUGAUAAAGCAGGUAAACCAGUGAUUCAAGUUGAAUAUAAAGGUGAAACUAAAACAUUUUCACCAGAAGAAAUUUCUUCAAUGGUUUUAACAAAAAUGAAAGAAAUUGCUGAAGGUUAUUUGGGUUCUACUGUUAAAGAUGCCGUUGUUACCGUUCCAGCUUAUUUCAAUGAUUCUCAAAGACAAGCCACCAAAGAUGCUGGUACUAUUGCUGGUUUGAAUGUUUUAAGAAUUAUUAAUGAACCUACUGCUGCUGCCAUUGCUUAUGGUUUAGAUAAAAAAGGUUCCAGAGGUGAACAUAAUGUUUUAAUUUUCGAUUUGGGUGGUGGUACUUUUGAUGUUUCAUUAUUAGCCAUUGAUGAAGGUAUUUUCGAAGUUAAAGCCACUGCUGGUGAUACUCAUUUGGGUGGUGAAGAUUUUGAUAACAGAUUAGUCAACUUCUUUAUUCAAGAAUUCAAGAGAAAGAACAAGAAAGAUAUUUCCACCAACCAAAGAGCUUUAAGAAGAUUAAGAACUGCUUGUGAAAGAGCCAAGAGAACUUUGUCUUCUUCUGCUCAAACCUCAAUUGAAAUUGAUUCCUUAUAUGAAGGUAUUGACUUCUACACUUCAAUCACCAGAGCCAGAUUUGAAGAAUUGUGUGCUGACUUGUUCAGAUCCACUUUAGAUCCAGUUGGUAAAGUUUUAGCUGAUGCCAAGAUUGAUAAAUCCCAAGUUGAAGAAAUUGUCUUGGUUGGUGGGUCCACCAGAAUUCCAAAGAUUCAAAAAUUGGUUUCUGAUUUCUUUAAUGGUAAAGAAUUGAAUAAAUCUAUCAACCCUGAUGAAGCUGUUGCUUAUGGUGCUGCUGUUCAAGCUGCCAUUUUAACUGGUGAUACUUCUUCCAAGACUCAAGAUAUUUUGUUAUUGGAUGUUGCUCCAUUGUCAUUAGGUAUUGAAACUGCUGGUGGUAUCAUGACCAAAUUGAUUCCAAGAAAUUCUACUAUUCCAACUAAAAAAUCAGAAACUUUCUCCACUUAUGCCGAUAACCAACCAGGUGUUUUGAUUCAAGUGUUUGAAGGUGAAAGAGCUAAAACUAAAGAUAACAACUUGUUGGGUAAAUUUGAAUUAUCUGGUAUUCCACCAGCUCCAAGAGGCGUCCCUCAAAUUGAAGUUACUUUCGAUAUUGAUGCUAAUGGUAUCUUGAAUGUUUCUGCUUUAGAAAAAGGUACUGGUAAAACUCAAAAGAUUACUAUCACCAACGAUAAAGGUAGAUUAUCCAAAGAAGAAAUUGAUAAAAUGGUUAGUGAAGCUGAAAAAUUCAAAGAAGAAGAUGAAAAGGAAGCUGCUAGAGUCCAAGCCAAGAAUCAAUUGGAAUCUUAUGCUUAUUCAUUGAAAAACACAAUCAAUGAUGGUGAAAUGAAAGAUAAGAUUGGUGCAGAUGAUAAAGAAAAAUUAACUAAAGCCAUUGAUGAAACUAUUUCUUGGUUAGAUGCAUCUCAAGCUGCUUCUACUGAAGAAUACGAAGAUAAACGUAAAGAAUUAGAAUCAGUUGCUAAUCCAAUCAUUAGUGGUGCUUAUGGUGCUGCCGGUGGCGCUCCAGGUGGUGCAGGCGGAUUCCCAGGUGCUGGUGGCUUCCCAGGUGGUGCCCCAGGUGCCGGUGGUCCAGGUGGUGCUACUGGUGGUGAAUCAAGUGGACCAACUGUUGAAGAAGUUGAUUAA